AUGAUUGCAAAUUCUCAGAAGGCAACAGUGAUAAUUUCGCAUAAUCUAGAGGAAAAACCAGCGAAAGUUGUAGUGGAAGCAAUGACAUCACAAGGAUUGCGAUUUCCAGGAUUUGGAUCCGUACAAGCAGACGACGAUUUGAACAAAGAAUAUGGAGGAGUUGCUUUCAUAUACGACCAUUCGGUUGUGGAAUUAUUUGUUCCCACUUGGAAUAACUAUGAGAAGUCAAAGGAUGGGGAUCUGUGGAUGGAUAUGCAUUUAAACAAGAUUAUUGAAGGAAACUAUACGAAUAACUAUAUGAUUGAAAAAAGUGUUGAAAAUGGCGUGAAGUAUGAACAAGAUUGGAUUGAAGAAGAAUUCCAAGAUGGUUAUAAGUUUUGGAUAGUAUUUGAUAAUCCACAGAGUGACAGGAAGCCGUCAGUGAGCAGCAACUGUACAGGAGACAGUUUGGCUCAUCCCAUGGGAAAGUAUCCGGAUCUUGUUGUAGUGCAGAUUGAAGUUUCCAUCGGAACUACACACAAGGUGUUUGAGGGACAAGGGAUUUCGAGUAUGUUGCAGCCUACAAAACAAGGUCUUCAUUACGGUGGGGUGUUAUAUGGUUACAGUCAAACGCAUGUACGCUAUUGGAUUGCCUGCGAGAGUAACUUUCCAGGUAAAGCAACUUUGUUGUCAAUAAUGGACGGAUGGGGUGAAUCUAAUCAGAACGUCAAAGCUAAGCGGGGAUCAAUGACUGUACGACUGUGGAAUUUUCCUGCUACCUCUGUUCACAGCAGACGAGAUCCAUUGCAAGUCCUACCCGGUUUGAAAUAUGUGCUGCAGCUUCCUAGCCCUUUGUGGGAAAAACAAUUUAUGUCUCUCCAGAUUGAAGUACAGAAUGGCAAAAACAGGAACUUCCGGUUUAAUGGUCUUGGAUCGGUUAUGAAUGAAGAAUUUCCAUACGGCGGGGUUGUUUAUGGUUACAACGACUCCGUUGCGGCGAUAUGGGUACCCGAAACCUUUGACGGAAAUGCAAGUAAUUCUGCGGUGUUCUUGGUUGGAGGAGUUUGGGGAGAUGGGUACCAGGAUCAGAGAACCAAUCAAGUUGACAUACUUAUAUCUGUCAUGAGUGUUUAUGUUCCGGUAUGCAUUCUCAAUCACAGUUUAGGACUUCAAAUCACAGUCACCAAGAAAUAUGCAAGGAGCAAUGAGACUAUGUUUACCUAUGGCGACGAAAUCUUCCUGCAAUGCGUUUCAGGAUAUCGACAGAGAACUGGAAAUCAGUCCCUUCUAUGUACAGAAGCAGGAACCUGGAAUGCGUCCGUUUUGGAGUGUGAAGAGCAGUGUUUGUGUCCUUGUAACUUAACUGGUACCGGUCCGUCACUGAAAGAAACAGAUAAACUACAAAAAAGAAUAAAACAGUUGAAAGAAGAGCUUGCUAUAAUAAAGGCAACUACAUCAAAGGCAAGACGAAUGCGUAUAUCUGUUAAUGAUUCUCGCCCUUCCGCCCGCGCGGUUGGCAUGAUUCUUGGGGCGGGCAUUUUGGCAACUUUUUUCGGAUUCAUCAUCUUAAGCGACUUAAUGAUGAAGUCAUCGUAAUGGAUAAUGUUAAUCGUAAUGGAUCAUGUUAAAAGCACCAAGUCUGAACAGAUCAUUCAAUAUACACAUUUUUUUCCAGGAGAACGUUUCCUUUUAAUUAAUAUGCAAAGAAAAUCAAUUAAAUAUAUUUUUUUUAAAAAUGUUGUCAAGGGCAAUAACUCAUGCGAUGGUAUGUCUUUUUGCAACAAUUUCCCCACGAUUACUUUAAAGAUAUAAACUGUAGCAAAACAUCAAAAUUUUAUCAUUUGAACCAGUUUUUAUGUGUACUUUUUAUUAUGCUGUUUAAGGAAAAUGUGUGUUUUUUCUGAUUCUAUUUAUAUAUGUCUGACACCUUUUAAAAGAUUGUGACAUAAACAUUUUCUUUGGUUAUUGAUUGAAUUGAACUAUGUAAAGUGGAAAU